AUGAAAGAGGAAGAAAAUUGCACUAACGAAAGAUCAGGCCAAGAAAAGGAUGUUUCUCUUAUCGACACAGAUCAAGAGCUCGUUGAUGACGGUCAGCUUCUUGGUCAAGGACAAGUCAGUAUUGACAUAGAUGUCCCUCUUCUUGACACAAAUGAAAGGCAACGAAAUGAAGAGGAACAAAAUGAUGACCAAGAAGUAAAUACCCCUUCAACUGAAGAGAACUCGAAAAAAUGCUGCUCGAAAGAAUUCUUCUUUCUAAAUCGGGCACAAGAGUCACGAAGAUGCUUCCCGUUCUCCUGCCAAGCUUGCCAUGCUGACAUGACGUUCUUCGAGUGGGAUAUCAGUUCGACAACCUUGACUGCUAGAAUUCCAUGGGUCAGCCGAAACAACUUGGUCGAUGGUUUCGUACCAGUCAACAAACGAGUCAAGAAUGCUCGAUGCAUGGACUCAGUUGAAGUUAACGCGAAAUUAGGAAGCCCGUGCUUGUGUGACGAAGAUCAAGGCUGCGCUUUCGACAAUUGGCCGGAAAAUAUUUGCGCUAGAAACGGCUACGGAGAAGAGUACUUCUGGACUCCCGGUCCUCAGAAAACUUUCACUGAAGAUCGAGAUUUUACUAGCACGAUUGUCGAGGAUGAUUACUCUUUGACUUACCUAGGAACGAAUGGAGAAUCUGAUGUUCGAUUCUCCGAUCGAAUCAGCUGGUGGGAAAACGGACCAUCCAUCUGUCGCGCUAGAACCGAGCUCUACAUGCCUGGUGUCGAGCGACCAGUUUUGAAAGACGAUGGUUCUUUGAGCACCCCUGCAUGGAACCAACUCGAAUGCGAUUUUGAGAUCAACAAGUAUCCAACAACAAACGAUCCUAUUUCAAGCACUUCAUCCAGCCAUGGAAGCGACAGCUAUGAAGCUUCGGAACUCAACGAAGAAUACGAGCGACUAAUCAUUGUCGGCAACUACAAUCAAGGCUUCAUGUACGAAGAAGGCCAAGAAUACGGUCUUUGUCGAUGGUCGAAAGAAAACUGCAUCAAAAGAUCUGGCGCUAGUUGCCAUUCUGAUGGAAGUCUGAGCGCUGUUGAAAACGAACAGACGAGAGAUUUCAUCAGAAACGCUCCUUACCAUCCUGGCGUCCUGAGCUGGAGACGAGGAAACUUGGUCUGCAACAGUUUGGUCGGAGUCCAAGGAAUUACUAAUAAUGUCUAUUCUGUGCGAAACGAAAUUUUCCCUGACAACGAUGAGCUUGAAAUCCUUGUUCGAUCUGUCGACAUUACACCAAAAUAA